AUGGCAGAGAAGAGGGUCUCUCGGUGGUACUUCGGGGGGCUGGCGUCUUGUGGCGCUGCAUGUUGCACGCACCCACUGGAUCUCAUUAAGGUGCAUCUGCAGACCCAGCAGGAGGUGAAGAAAAGGAUGUUUGGGAUGGCCGUCCAUGUGGUCAGACACGACGGACUCCUGGCUCUGUACAACGGGCUCUCUGCUUCACUUUGUAGACAGAUGUCGUACUCACUCACCAGAUUUGCCAUCUAUGAGACAGUCCGUGACGUCAUGGGCAGCACGAACAAGGGCCCUAUGCCUUUUUACCAGAAGGUCCUGCUGGGAGCUUUCGGAGGUUUUACUGGUGGUUUCAUUGGCACCCCAUCGGACUUGGUAAAUGUCAGGAUGCAGAAUGACAUGAAACUAGCGCCAGAGCUGAGGAGAAAUUAUAAACAUGCCGUUGACGGUCUUGUGAGGGUCUUCAGAGAGGAGGGAUUGAAAAAGCUGUUUUCCGGAGCCACAAUGGCAUCGAGUCGAGGCGCUCUGGUCACCGUGGGGCAGUUGGCGUGUUACGACCAGGCCAAGCAGCUGGUGUUGGGCACCGGCCUGAUGGGAGACAACAUCCUCACACAUUUUCUCUCCAGUUUCAUUGCUGGCGGCUGUGCUACCUUCUUGUGUCAACCUCUCGACGUGAUGAAGACGAGGCUCAUGAACUCAAAGGGGGAGUAUACAGGAGUAACGCAUUGUUUACGAGAGACUGCCAAGCUCGGCCCCAUGGCUUUUUAUAAGGGCCUGGUUCCUGCUGGGAUCCGGUUGGUCCCUCACACCGUCCUCACCUUCAUCUUCCUGGAGCAGCUCAAGAACCACUUUGGGAUUCUAAUCAUCUCAUAG